UGUACGUUGGGAACAGUGAAUCCGGCAGUGAGUAAUCCGUGUUCACUAGGCCUACACCAUUAUAGGAUCGAAUCUGGGAGUCGAACUUUUACUAGCCUUUCCGUUGAUGCCCACGAUAAAAGAAUUGAUUAUCACAGAACCCGAGUCAACAAAACCGAUUUACCACUGCACUACUUAGUCAGGGUCUGACUUAGGGUCAAAUCGCGUCGGGGAAUUCCCGCCUUCUACCGUUCAGAAUCGCGACGCGACAGAACGUCUGUUUACAUGGUCUACGCGAUACUAUUCGUAAUAUUUUCGCGAAGAUAUAUCGUGACUAUACACCUUGACCACAAGGUUGUUUUGUAUAUUUAUAAUUCACUUUAAAGGUUUAAAGCAGCGUGUACAUCUUCUCAACUGUACGACUACGUAACUCGACUCAACGUAUAUUCAUUCCCUUGUUUGCUUUUAACUUCAUUCAAAUGAAUUCACCCAUAUAAUACAGCCGAGUGUACAUGUCCUUGGAUAAUAUAUAUCAACGUGUUACAAACGUAAAAAGAGUUUUCAGAAAAUGAGUGGAAUACUAGCAACAUUCUCCCUGGCGGCUACCAUCAUCGGAGCUGCUGAUGCUGAAAUAAUAGAUGUCUGCCUCCCAGACAGGUCCAACGCCCAUUGUAACGCACCGCCACCCAUAUUAUUUGAUAAACCGUCAUUUUGUGACAACUAUGCAUGUAGGGACCCUUGUCCUCCACCAUGUGAUCUGAACAAGGGUUUGAUAUUAGGUGGAGCCAUCCCUGCUAUUCUUUGUAUAUUCUUCUCGCUUAUCCUCUGUUUGUGGCAUGCGUAUAAGAAAGAGAGGAUUCUCUGGACUGUCAUCCAUUCCUCCUGUGCUCAACUUUCUCUGUUGAUUUUCUUUGUGUGGAACACUUAUCACCCGACGAAUAUUGCCCUUAACUUUCUCGUCGACUGGUUCCUGAUUGUCUCUUGGUCUUCGCUCCUGGUCGAGGCCAUCGCCACGUGUCUUUUGAUCCGGGACAAACCGAUGUCCAUCAAGCUAGGGGCGUUGUUGGUUGGAUUGUGCUGCUGGGGUAUUCCUCUUUUGAAGAGUAUUAUAGAAUUUGCAGUACUUGCUGAAGAUGUCGCAUCACCAUGCAAAGGGUACUUCCUGGUUGCUGUCUAUGACAUCCACGUGACUAAUAUCGUCUUCAUCGCAGUUUUGUUAUUUGCUAUCAUCAUCACGAUCGUGGUGGCUAUAUGCUUUCUCCUAGGGGAAAGCACCAAGAAAGAUAAGACAGGGCGAUGCGAUGCUUGGCGAAGGAUCUCUCAAUGCCUUGCGACGUCCGCUUGCUUCAGUGGGUGGCUCAUCGCCCUCCUUGUCGAAGGCCUCUGUUCGCCUGUCGACAUCGUCUUCUUCGUCUUUAGCCUCCUCCAGGGUGCCGUCAUCCUAGGUUUCUGCAUUUACAUUUACAUCGUGUGUAAACCACAUGACGAGUUUUUCACAAUAAUGAGGUGGAACCCCAAGAAAUGAAUAGUGUUAGUGGAAUUUAUCAUAAUGAUGAGGUGGAACCCCAAGAAAUGAAUAGUGGUAGUGGAAUUUAUCAUAAUGAUGAGGUGGAACCCCAAGAAAUGAAUAGUGGUAGAGGAAUUUAUCAUAAUGAUAAGGUAGAACCCCAAGAAAUGAAUAGUGGUAGUGGAAUUUAUCAUAAUGAUGAGGUGGAACCCCAAGAAAUGAAUAGUGGUAGAGGAAAUUAUCAUAAUGAUGAGGUGGAACCCCAAGAAAUGAAUAGUGGUAGUGGAAUUUAUCAUAGUGAUGAGGUGGAACGCCAAGAAAUUAAUAGUGGUAGAGAAAUUUAUCAUAAUGAUGAGUACAUGGAACGCCAAGAAAUGAACGGUGAUAGAGGAAUUUAUCAUAAUUAUUGAUGAGGUGGAACCCCAAGAAAUGAAUUAAUGAAUUGAAUUUAUUAAAUUUAUUAGAACGUCACAGGCAUUCGCUAAUAUUUUGUUCCAAAAAAAGUACAAAAUAAAUAUACAAUUCAAGGAAUAUAAGCAGAUAAAAAAAAUAGUAGUAGUGGAGUUUAUGCUGAUGAUGAAUGGACAUAACCACCACCAAAACCCGUAUAGAUCCUUCAAAUAUAAUGCUCAGUAAUUUAGUCAUUAUUUACAAGUUUCUUUGAAACGUAUUGGCCCAAAUUUACUCCGAGAGCCCCAAACUUUAUCUUCUAACAUGGUAUACAUGUAGUCCAUAUGUGUACUGCCAAUAAACUAACCAAACCUUCUUGCAUGAUGGAUUAAAAACAUUAGCACUGCUAGGUUCGCAUAUUUUUUUUUUGGUGGCGCGAGUAAUGGGAGGGAAUAUCGCGCCCAAGAAAGUUCUACCCCUCAGGGCUACGAUCUAUCACCGUUGCUCUUUAGAUAAAUCAGUAUGUUUUGCAUGAGCCUGAUGAACUAAUUCAUGAGUAGUUUAGGCCCAAGCCUUAAAGGGGGAAUUUGUUUUAUUUUCGUUUCCUUAUACAAAGAGUUUGGCUGUAAUUCAAUCGUCACAACCACACUUGAGUCAAAGGAUACUUUAUCCACUUUCCACUUCAAGACCAAAUCAGACGAUGUUGCAAUGUGGCACUGGAGGGAAGGUUGAUUUACCAAUGCAAAGGUGUUGUACUUGUAACAACAUGAAUGCAGUUGACGGAUGGGGAUGUGAAAAGGCACAUUAAUAGAACCUGACAGACCAUGUGCCCCUUUCCAUGAUAAAGGUUGAUAUAAUGCAUGGGCGUGAUGAGUGCAUAAACGGGCACACAAUUGGAAAAUGACUAUCCCAUUGGGUUUUUGCAUGGUCAACCACCCCCACCGCCUUUAAGAAAAAUUAUGCAUUGGUGAACUUCUUAUGUGAUUAUAAACAGAAUGAGUAUGGCAAGAAUCUUCACCAGGGAGUGAUGGUGGUGCAUGUGAGUACAAGUUUGGAAUAUAUUACUUUUCUAUAACAUCCUAUAACAUAGUAUUGUUAUUAGGGGCGUCGCUAGGACUUUUUCAGUAUAGGGGGUGUGGAAGCCCUGAUUACCGACAAAUAUCGGUAGCGAUUACCGACGUCCGGCAACCAUGAAUCCUGGGAGUGUUUUACAUUCUCCUUAUACCUUGGUCACAUUUGUUCUACAGUGGCCGUACAGCGAGUCGAAAAAAAGCCGUUUUGACAUUUUUGUACCAGCUAUAUAUAGGUGGUUUGAAUGAAAAUGAUUAUAACGGCUGUUUUCGACUCGCCGUACGGCCGCCAAGCAAAUGUGACCAAGGUAUUAGUCACAUUUUCUUUCGUAAUACCCAGGAUCAGUUCCAGCUUUCAUCAAUGGGGAAAAAUUAAAUCAAAUGAAUAUUUAUGAGAUUUAGACUUUAAACCGGGACAUUCUUAUCACUGUCGGUACAGAAGCACGAGCUGAGAACUUGUUUUGAUUUGAAAACUCAAUAUUUUCACAUGCAAUUUAACAAUCUGUGUUUCUUAAUGAUAACUUUCAUGACUUUGAUAGAUACGUCAUUAUGCUCUCGUGUCCGGAAUAUAAGAUUUAAGCUUUGUCGUGCAUUUUUUUUUGUUUAUUACGGAUAGCAAAAUAGUAUUGAUUUAAAUAACUUGUUGCAUAAAACCAGAAUGUGUAUUUACAUUCGGUCAUCGCAAUAUUUAUGUGGUUGCUAAAUACAUGUGCCAGUAAGUUAGUUGUCUUAGUUGCUCCUAUUUGUUAGUUGAGAGUGGCUCUUUGUGCAACAUUGCUAGCCUUUAUUUCAACUCUGAAAAGCUUGCCAUUUUAUAAAAAGUUAUUGAAUCCUUUGUUCAAAACUUUUAAUAAUAGAGAAAGUUGGAUUUGUCUUAUUCAUUUUGCUUAAUUGGCUCAUUUCUUUCUAGACUUCUUACUCUGACUUAUCUUGUGCUUUAAUGUAUAUAUUUCAUAAUAUUCCCGUGUAUUUUUUAAAACUAUGAUUAAGUGAUGUAUUGUAUGUACAUGUAUGCUGUUGUAAAGCGGAAUAUCAAUGAAAUGUGCCAUAUAAUUGUAACUUGUAUAGUGGUGUAUUAUAUAGAGCAUAUAUUCGGGUUUUUAUAGUACUUUCUGGGUCCCGUAACACAAAGGUUAGCGAUUAAUCGUACUCUUGAUUUUCACGAUUGAUUGUACAUUGUAGUCAAUGCAAUCAAUUGUAGAAAAAUGCUCUACGAUCAUUGCUAAGCUUUGUGUUACAGGCCACUGAUGUGUAUUACUGCAAGCAUUUGAGUUUUGUAUAAUGGUCAGAGUUCCCAGCACAUCAGGGAAUUCGGCUAGGGAAAUCAGGGAAAAUUAUUUUACUUUUUCCCAGUCAGGGAAAAAUCAAGGAAUUUGAUUUCUGAAAA